AUGGCAGACCAUAGUUUUGUCUCUGAAGCCUCAAACCUUUUAUGUACAGAAAGUGAAAACUUGUGUUUUGACGAUCUUGAUUCUGUAGCCACAGAUAACCAAACCCAUCAAACCAACUAUCAAAACUUGGACUUUACCAAUGCUAGAUCAGACCCAUUGAUUGUUUUGCCAUCUUUAAGUGAAGAGAGUUUUGGUUUGAUGGUUGAGAGAGAAAAAGAGCAUUUGCCCAAAGAUGAUUAUCUCAAGAGAUUGAGAAGUGGGGAGUUGGAUUUGAGUGUGAGAAGAGAGGCACUUGAAUGGAUUUUGAAGGCUCAUGCUCAUUACAGUUUUGGAGCAUUAAGUUUUUGUCUGUCCAUGAAUUACUUGGACAGAUUCCUAUCAGUUUAUGAUCUGCCUAAAGGUAAAAUUUGGACAUCACAAUUGGUAGCUGUGGCCUGUUUGUCACUAUCAACCAAAGUAGAGGAGAUAGAAGUGCCUCUCACUGUGGAUUUACAGGUGGGAGAUCCCAAGUUUGUAUUUGAAGGUAAAACAAUACAGAGAAUGGAACUUCUGGUGUUGAGCACCUUGAGGUGGAGAAUGCAGGGUUGCACUCCCUGUUCCUUCAUUGACUAUUUUCUUAGAAAGAUCAAUGGCGAUCAAAUUCCAUCAGGACUGUUAGUUUCUAGAUCAGUUCAACUCAUCUUAACCACAAUCAAAGGCAUUGACUUCUUGGAAUUCAGACCUUCUGAAAUUGCUGCAGCUGUGGCAAUGUGUGUUUCAAGAGAAAUACAAGUGAUAGACAUUGAUAAGGCACUGCCUUGUUUCAUACAUGUGGAGGAGGGCAGAGUGUUGAAAUGUCUUGAACUGAUACAAGAUUUGGCAUUGAUUAGUGGGUCUACAAAUGUGGCUAAUGCCUCAGUUCCAUCAGUACCCCAGAGCCCAAGUGGGGUGUUGGAUGCUGCUGCAUGCUUGAGCUAUAAAAGUGAUGAGAGAACAGUUGGGUCAUGCCCAAAUUCUUCACACACUAGUCCAGACACUAAAAGGAGAAAACUUGACAGACCCUUUCAAGAAGAUGACUUCAAGUCAUGAAAUGUGAAUUUCAGAGAGAGAGAGAGAGAG